GUAAUAACCAUCGUAAAGUUAAACUUGCCAUUGUCAAGGCUCAAUGUACAAUCGGUGUGCGUUUAUCAGCAUGCGCAUUUGAAGACCGUCGAUAACGUUAUAACGUUUGAUAACCUAAAUUACUACACGGCACGCCGUUGGCUGCGAACUCUACGCGUAUUGUUGAAAAUCGUUAACGUUCUCGCAGUCAUUUCAUUUCGCUAGUCAUCCGUCAUCGGAGUUUUUCUUUCUCAUUAUCGAACAUUGAAUAUAGUGAAUACACUACUGCGAACGAGCUGAGCGGUCACUGACUGCCAUUUCUUCGAUAUACGACGAUUGUUGAAUUGAAUUGUUAUUUCGUAUUUCCGAUUCCGACUUUCUCCCUUUUGUGUAAAUUUUAAAUCGUAUUGUUUUCCAUUUCGGACGUCGUCUCUCUUUCGAUCGAGUGUAACCAUGUUGGAUUUCAUAAGCACCGUUUGUACCCUCAUCGUUUCCGUCCAGGUGCUGAAAAUUGUUUACAAUUUUCUCUACAAUCAAGUCAUAGCACCAGCGAUCGCCGGUAAUCCUGAUUUAAAGAAGAUGGGAAAAUGGGCCGUAAUCACUGGUGCCACUGAUGGUGUUGGAAAAGCUUACGCCGAAGCUUUAGCUCAGAAAGGAAUGGACAUUGUGCUGAUUAGCAGAUCCGUAGAAAAAUUGGAAAAUGUGGCGUUAGAAUUACAAGAAAAAUACAAAGUCGAAACGAAAAUCAUCGAAGCCGAUUUCUCCGAAGGCAAUAAAAUCUACUCGAAUAUCGAAAAAGAACUCUACGGAUUAGAUAUCGGCGUCCUGGUCAACAACGUAGGAGUCAGUUACCCAUACCCAGAUUACUUUUUGGAACUCAAAGGCAAAGAGAAAAUAUACUACGAUAUCAUCCAGUGCAAUAUCGUCUCUGUACUCGCAAUGUGCCAAAUCGUGAUGCCUGGUAUGGUCGAGAGGAAGAAAGGCGUCGUUAUAAAUAUAUCUUCGGCUACUGCAUUGUUCCCGAGUCCACUUUUGGCUGUAUAUGGAUCAUCGAAAAUGUUCGUAUCGAAAUUCUCCGAAGACUUGGCCACCGAAUACGGUAAACGUGGAAUCAUCGUACAAUGCAUCUUACCCGGAUACGUCGCCACAAAAAUGAGUAAAAUCAAGAAACCAUCGUUGUUCAGCCCUAGCCCAAAAACUUUCGUAGAAUCCGCCUUGAAAACUGUCGGCAUCGAAUCUCACACCGUUGGAUACUGGCCUCACAACAUCAUGCCCGGUAUAUUGGCAUCUUUAUAUAGCUUCUCCUCUAAGCUCGUAUCGUGGACUGUGAUGAACCAAAUGUUGCAAAUUCGUACCAAGGCUCUCAAACACAGCAAGAAAUCAUCGGACUAAGUUUUCGAUACAACAUCAGCGUCGGGCAGAGAUUUAUUAUACACGAACAUGCAUUUUCUCUCUUUUUUUUCUUCUUAUACUUAUACGUGUACUAAAUACAUUCAACGAACGCGUCAACAACUCGAAAUUAAUCAUUCCAUAUUAUUUUUUGAAAAAAAAAUUCAAAGAGUCUGAUAAAAUAUAUACUUUAAGAUUUAAAUUCAUGUUCCUGGUUAAGUUACGUAUGUAUUUCGGUUUGUAAAAUAAUUUUAAAUUUUUUCGUUAGCGUUCAAGAUCACAACAGUACACGCUAGUCAAGCACAGCUAAAUAUUUAUUAUUUUGUUGAAUACUGCGAGAUGUCGAGUGUAGUGUGAUAUGAUAUGUUUUUAAUUAAUGGUGAUAUAACGUCGGAGUGUACGUUAUAAGAAAAUCUGUACAGGAUUAUAAGUUUCUCGGUGAUAAUUAUAAAAAGUAUUUUAAGGUUUUGUUUUGUAAAAAUGAUGUAAUAAAGUUCAGUUUCAGUUCCA